UGUACAACACCUGGAAUCAAAUCAAGCAUGCAUGAUAAACAGUCAAAAGAAAGAUGGACAUUGAAAUGGCCGGUUUGGUAGUAGUUCAAUCACAACUUACUCGUUGCUUUUUUAAGUGACGUGUGAGCAUGUCUCAGCUUUACAAAUUGAAAGCAAGCUAUCUUCACGAGACCAGUACGUUCUUGUGAUCUGUACAAGGAAAUACUUGCGAGGAAUGGAGAAGGAAAUUCGAUUCUUUGAGUUGAACACAGGGGCCAAGAUGCCUUCCGUUGGCCUCGGAACCUGGGACUCCGACCCUGGUGUGGUUGCCGUCACCACCGCCAUUAACGUCGGAUAUCGACACAUUGAUUGUGCUCAACUUUAUGGCAACGAGAAGGAGAUUGGGUCUGCUAAUUUGAAGAAGCUGUUUAAUGAUGGUGUAGUGAAGCGUGAGGACUUAUGGAUCACCUCCAAACUCUGGUGUACGGAUCAUGCUCCAGAAGAUGUACCAAAGGCAUUUGAUAGAACCGUGCAGGAUUUGCAGCUUGACUAUCUGGAUCUCUAUCUAAUACACUGGCCAGUUGGGAUGAAAAAGGGGUCAGUUGGAUUUAAGUCUGAAAACCUUACACGGCUAGACAUACCAAGCACAUGGAAAGCAAUGGAGGCGCUAUAUGAUUCUGGCAAGGCUCGAGCCAUUGGAGUAAGCAAUUUCUCUACAAAGAAGCUGGAGGCUUUGUUGGAGUUGGCCAGAGUGCCUCCUGCUGUCAACCAAGUGGAGUGUCACCCUCUCUGGCAGCAGCCAAAGUUGCAUGCCUUUUGUAAAUCUAAAGGAAUUCACCUAUCUGGUUAUUCACCAUUGGGUUCCCCCGCUAUGAGGAUUAUGAAAAAGGAGGUCCUUAAAAACCCAACUCUCCUUUGGGUUGCAGAAAAACUGGGGAAGACUCCUGCACAAGUGGCUCUUCGUUGGGGGCUGCAAAUGGGUCACAGUGUACUGCCUAAGAGCUCAAAUGAGACAAGGAUCAAGGAAAAUUUUGACGUUUUUGGCUGGUCUAUACCUGAUGAUUUGUUUGAAAUGUUCUCUGACAUUGAGCAGGCAAGUAGCUUAUCCCUGUUCUUAUACGUGUGCAUUGCUCCCCAUAUACACCAGAUAAUUAAGGGCACUCCAUUUGUUCAUGAGACCUUCGGUGCCUAUAGGACCAUUGAAGAACUCUGGGAUGGGGAGCAGUGAGCAGCAGAUCUGAUUUUUGAAACAUUACUGUUUUGCAUAUCCUGUUGGAUUAUAUAUUGCAGAGGGGUGAACUAUAAGAAGUUGCAAAAUCUCUGUGUUGGAUAUUGUUUCGAGUUACACUCAAAAUCAAUGAAACAUGGAUUUGGUGACUUCUUUGA